AUGCCAACACUGUCAGAACUCCCGCCAGAAAUCCUCUACAUGAUUGUCAAAGAAUUACGGAGCCCCUACAUUCGCAAUACAGGGCCCUCGAUUUACUCGCUGCUAUAUGUGUCUCAGCAAUUCCGAAACUUGGCUCUCGACGUCUACUACGGCUACACCAGUAGUACUUGGGAUACAGAAGUCUAUACACGGAAGUUGAAGAGGAUACGACAACUCGAUGCCACCGCAUUGGCUAAUCAACGUUUUCGUAAACUAGCCUACGAGAACUACAAUUCUGACGAAGACUUCAUGCAAGCAUAUGUCCAAAUUUUCAGGGCCGAACCGUACAACCGCGAUCAAGCUCUAGCCACGAUGGCUGCCGAGAAAAUAAUGAAAUCCACGACGAGGUUACGAGAAUAUCACAAAAGAAGACGUUUAGACUAUUUACCGGACGAUACAAUCUGUGGAGGGUGA